UUGCAGGAAAAUUCUGUUGGGACAGCCCACUGAGCGUUUUGGGACUCACAUGUCAGAGAGGCUGUAAAACAAGCACACAGGACCUCGGGAGGCAAAGUCCAGAUGUUAGUGGACCGGACGAGAAGGAUAUUCUAUUGCGGAAAGAAGUGACAGGAAAAGGUUGAGAAUCACGGCCCUGGUAAAUAUUUGGCAGAAGAGGAGAAAGGACUUCAGGCGAAGCCAACAGACUAUAUUUUCUGCAGCGAUUUUAUCUGUCCACUGAAUCCUUUUGCUGAAGCCAUGUCAGAGGACGAAGAGUUAACCUACGGCGAUGCUAUCCAGAAGGCUGGCAGCUCGAUAUUUCGCUUCCCGCUCAUCCCGGUGAAGGGAAUUCCAUUAAUGAACCACAUCGCCAAUAACUUUGACGUCGUCUCGGCUUUCUGUCCGGACCCAUCGGACAUCCUCAUCGCCACCUACCCGAAAGCCGGGACAACAUGGACCCAGGAGAUAGUUGAUCUGCUUCUUCACAACGGUAACGCGGAGGCCUGCAGAAGAGCCCCCACGCCGGUCCGCAGUCCUUUCCUGGAGAUAUGCAGCCCACCACCAAUCCCCUCAGGUAUUCAGCUUCUGGAAAAAAUGGCUCCCCCGAGAAUCAUUAAGACGCAUCUGCCGAUUCAGCUGGUUCCGACUGGCUUUUGGGAAAAAAAGUGCAAAACCAUCUAUGUCGCGCGCAAUGCAAAGGACAACAUGGUGAGCUACUACCACUUUGACCGCAUGAAUAUGACUCAGCCUGAGCCUGGACCUUGGGAGGACUACAUCCAGAAAUUCAUGCGUGGAGAGUUGCCGUGGGGCUCCUGGUACGAUCACGUGAAAGGUUACUGGCAGGAACGAGAAAAGAGGAACAUCCUUUACAUCUUCUAUGAAGACAUGAAAGAGGAUCCCAGACGCGAAGUGGAACGUAUCAUGAAGUAUAUGGACUUGUCCCUUUCUGAUGAUGUCGUCGGCAGCAUUGUGGAGCUGACGACCUUCAAAAACAUGAAGGAGAACCCAAUGGCCAACUACACUUGCAUCCCUGAGAAUGUUUUUGACCAGUCCAUCUCCAGCUUCAUGAGAAAAGGCGAAGUCGGAGACUGGAAAAAUCAUUUCACACCUGAGCAGACAGCAGAGUUUGACGAGGACUACGACAAGAAAAUGAAGCGAGUCAACAUUCCGUUCAGAACACAGUUCUAAAAGGCUUUGCGUCGUUUCAGUGGCGUCUAGCGAGUCAUUUCUCCAUUGUUGCUUGUUACAUCUGCAGUAUAAGUGAGCAGUAUAGUAAAAUGAUAUCCAAAGUGUUUUGCAGUUGUAGGAAAGACUGCUGACGCUACACGAGAACUUGUUUCUCGUCCAAGAAACUUUGGGGGUGAAAAAGAAAUCUACGAUAAAGCUUCUCAAAAGAGAUCAAGAAGAGAAGCGAACAAUAUGUACAGAUUCCAUCCGUGUGGCGCUUGGUGACUAGCCUCGAGCAGUUUACUGCAUGAUCCGAGUUCACGCGGGACGACAGUAAUGUGGCGUGAAAUUGUUCAAGCCAUUUUGGGGAAAGAAUUGAUGCCACGUAAUUUCCUUGUCGCAAUAUUGACUUCGUGAAAUGCUUGACUAAAGAAACACAUCCACACCCAAAGUGUCAUUAACUCCAAAAGCAAACACCAUUUAGCAUCUUGCUCCUGGCAGCACUCGAUUAUGCCUUCCAUCCACUUGCUUUGAAUCUCUCCUUUCAGGCCUUUUCUAUCGCACUUGUGCGCAUUCGGGGCUGGUCGCAGAACACCUAAAGACAAACAAGGUUUCGCACUCACAAGUUGAGAUUCAAACGGCACCUCAGAACGGUGUUGUAGAUCCACUCCAGCACCAUGCUGCCCUUUGCUUGAAUCACUGGAGUGGAUUGGAUGGAUCGGGGAAAGAAACAUCUUGGUUACUUGACACGCUCGGCACCGAGGGAAUCCUGUAUGGGACAAAGUGACAGGAGCUGAAAUAUUCAGGAUUCGUUGAACGGCAAUUCAACACAGCUCGACACACAAGGUCGCAGCGCUCGCAGUUUGACUUUACAAUGAGUUCCACACAUUCUGAUGCCUACGCGAAUGUAACAUGCAUUAAAAUAUUACUUUCUGUCCUUUG